AUUCUUUGUAGAUAAUUCAAUCCAGGCGUAACUCUAUUACGCCGUGAGCUUUACGAGGAAAGCAAAAGGUGCUUGCGGACAGAAUGCUUCAUACCGUGUUUCGUAAGCUUAAUUGACUGCCGUUAAUUAUUUGGAACCCUUUAUAGUGGUAGAUAUGCUUAGGCCAGCUGUUGUUGCUCCUUUGUCCGCCGCCCCACGAGCAAGCAGCACAAGGAUUCCGCCGUCGAUUAACUUAUCGCUUCGAGGCGUGACACCUACUAACUAUAUACGAGCGUCUGCGACCACUUCCGGCCAUAUUCGCUGCUCAGCGGAUCAUUCUGGUGCUCUUCAAUUGCAAACGUCGGCCUGCUGUCCCGGCAGCCGCGUCCCUUUGGUAGGUGUUGCCCGUAAUCCACUGCCACUCGCAAGUCCCAUCGGCGCUGCUGGCGUGGCCCUGCGCUUCCUCGACCCCGUAAACAACCGUACCUUCCUCCGCAAACACCAGUCAAAGUUGCGGGCCUGUGCAACCGUCUCAACCUUGCAGGAGUCAACAGCAACUGACGCAAACCUACCAACCAUAUCGGCACCAGAGCCAACCAUGAGCGCGACAACCGCAACUGCAUUUACCGAUGCAUCAGCACCACUGGCAGCAUCAGAUGCAGCAGCGUCAACCGCCACAACAGCUGCCGACCGGGCAGCCGCCAAGGCCGCCGCUAAAGCCGCAGCAGCGGCAGCUUACGCUGCCUCGGGAGCUGCCAAUGACGGGCUGCGGACCAAGCGACCCGCGGGUCAUGUGAAACGCUGUGUGGCAAUGCAUGUGGGCUAUGUGGGUACGGCAUUCAACGGCCUCCAGAUCAACCGAAUCUCGGCACCCGGCGGCCCCGCCAACAGCCCUGCAACCACCACCACAACCGCUGCAACCGCCGCCAGCAGCAGCACCGGCAGCAGCAGCCUCCCGGAAACCGUGGAGGGACUGCUGGAGCGCGCGGUGUACGACGCGGGGCUGAUCGCGGAAUCCAAUUUCGGGGAUUUGAAAAAGGUCAAGUGGACGAGGAGCAGUCGUACGGACAAGGGGGUGCACUCGGUGUCCACAGUGGUGGGGCUGCGGGUGCUGCUGGCGGGGGAUGAGAGGUUUGACACGGACCCCGAGGGCCUCACCCUUGCAGCUGCCCUCAACCGCAGACUGCCCCGGGAGGUCCGCGUGUUCAGCGUGCAACGAGUGAACAAAAAGUUCAAUGCGCGGAGGUUCUGUUUCGACCGCACCUACGAGUACUUCCUGCCCGCCCACCUGCUGCUGCCCGACACCACAACCACCUCAUCAACCACCUCAACCGCCACAACCACCAACGACGCCACUGCAGCGCUGGGAACCCCGGAGCCUCAGUCGCUGCAAUCACACGUGAAUUUGGCAGCGGGCGGCGCGCAGCUGGAGGGGCAGCUGCGGCAGGAGCAGGGGCAGGAGCCCGAGCAGCAGCCACCGCAGUCGGACCAGAAGCAGCAGCAACUAGCCGCGGCGCUGGGUCGGCUGCGGGCGGCGCUGAGCUGCUUCCAAGGCACGCACCCCUUCCACAACUACACGGCACGCAGGAGGGAGUACGUGCAGUCGGCCCGGGAGCGAGAGGCGCGUAAGGCGGCUCGUGCGGCAGCGGCGGCGCAAUCCGCAACACAGGCUGCUGCUGCUGCUGCUUGCGGCACCGCUACGGAUGCUGCUGAUGCUGAUGCCGAUGCUGUGAUCUCGGAGGCUGCUACCGCAACCGACGCAACGGCUGAUGCUGCAGCCACCGCUGCUGCUGGUGUUGUCCUCCCCUCGGUCGGAGCUGCCGCUGGGGCCAGGAAGCUUCGUAAGGAGGAGGAGGAGCCCCUGGAGGAGGAGGAGGAUGAGGAAGGGGAGGAGGGCGAGGAGGCGGAGGAGGAGGAGUACGAUACAUGCAGCAACAGCGACUCCUCCACUUCCGGUCGCCCUCCCUCGACUUGGAUCCAAACCUGCCACUGGUUGCACGACAACAACAACAACAAGGCUGACUCACGUGACCGCGUGACAGUGCGGCAUUUCCGUACCAUUUCAAGUUUCACGGCGGACGACCCAGAACCCCUGGUGCCAGGCGGGCCCCCCUGUGUCCGCAUUCGCGUGCGCGGCCAGAGCUUCAUGCUGCACCAGAUACGCCACAUGAUCGGGGGCGGGCUUGCGGCGGCUCGCGGCAUGGUCCCGCUGCAGCUGCUGCGCGCCUCCCUGGCGGCGCCCGCGCGGGUGACGGUGCCCCGGGCGCCGCCGCACACGCUCAUCCUGGCGGACUGCAGCUUCCCGCCGUUUAGGAAGGCGGGUGCUGACGAGGCUCGAGUGGCUCGCUGGUCGGGGGAGCGACUUGGGCUGCGACAAGGGGGCAGCGACAACCUGCGCGCCUUCAGGCAGGAGUGCCUGGACCCCGCCCUCAACGACCUGGUUCACCACCCCGAUUGGUCGCGGUUCGAGACCAGCCUGCGGAGGUUCCGCUGGCAGCCGCAGGCGCAGCAAGAGGUGAUCGCUGCGCAUGCGGAUUGGGAGGCUGCGCGGCAGGAGCGGGCACGGCUGCGGCAACUGGAAAAGGAGAGGGAGGCGGAGGAGGCGAAGAAGCAGGCGGCUGCUGCAGCGGAGGCGGCGGACGCUGUGGUUGAGGAGACGAUAGCGGUAGCGGCGGAGGCUGUGGCAGCAUUGACAAUGGCGGCGGCGGGUGAAGGGGGGAAGUGAGAAGUGCUAUGUUGAUGCACCUUGCCUGGCAACCAAGAAGGAGGAAGAGAAGGCAAGGCAAAACAGCAAGCUUCUGCUACGGCAGCUGGAGAUUCGGCAGCGGUAGCUGCAGUGGCAAACGCUGCGGGAACUACGGAGAAGAAGCAGAAGGGCUCCACAGCGCGUUUUAUAUAAGCGGUAACUGCGAUAGGGACAAUGAGCAGCCGGCAAUUGCAGGAUGGACGAGAGCAGCUGCAGCAAUGGCGGUUCUGCAAAUGUGGUAGCUCCUGGAAGCAACCUCCAGCUGACUGUGGGGAAAAAUGUAAAUGGCGGGAGGGGUUGCUGGUGUUGCGACUACUCCUUUGCGCUGGUCUUCCACUUCACAGCGUUUUUGGGGGGGGGGGGUUGCAUUGCAUUGCGACGAAGUGUGAGAUUGUUGGGCGGUGACGGGGGUUGGAGUGGGGAAGUGAGGCAGCUUCAGAGGGUAUUUUUUGCUGUGUGGUAGUUGAUUGGGCGAGUUGAAUGGCUGAAACGUCAGCUUUACCCGUCAGCUUCGUCAUCAUGAAGACAGCAGGGAGGGUUCCCUUGGUUAGGAAACUGAGCAGGGCUUGCAUUUGUAUACUUUCUAACGGCUUGAGUCGCUCUUCAGCAAAAGUUGCCAAGGAAGGAGCUGAAGUUUUUGCAGCAGCAGAGUAGUAGGCUAUGAAUGGGACCAGACGGUGCUACAAGGGAGG